GGAAAAUGACAAAGAGGUUGGACUAUGUGCCAACCCAAUAUUGUUUUCCAGUGAUUCCUCUACAAUUGGAAAAGAGAGAAAAACGGUGAUGGGUACUUGGGUUGUUCCUAUAAGGCCUGGUGUUUCUUGCACAUUGGUUCUAGCACUUCAGAAAACAGAGAGAUUUCAGAAAUUCCUUUCUUCUGGGUUUUGGCUUUGUUUUUGAGGCCAGAGGUAGAGUUGAUUGUGCAUAUCUCAACUGGGUUUUCAUUUUUUUUUUUCACAUAUAUACAUAGAGAGAGAGAGAGAGAGAGAGAGAGAGAGAGAGAGAGCAGAAGUGACGAUGUUGGAAGGAAAAGCUUUGAUAGAGGACACAGACAUGCCUGUGAAGAUGCAAAUCCAAGCCAUGGCUUCUGCUUCUGAGGCCUUGGAUCUCUAUGAUGUCUUAGACUACAAAUCUAUUGCUGCCCACAUGAAAAAGGAGUUUGACAAGAAAUAUGGCGGUGGAUGGCAAUGUGUGGUGGGUUCUUCUUUUGGGUGUUUUUUCACUCAUUCUAAAGGGACUUUCAUCUACUUCACAUUGGAGACUCUCAAUUUCCUUAUCUUCAAAGGGGAUUCUUCUCCUUCUGCUGCCUGAGGAGAAAUUACUUGAUCUGUUGAAUAAUUACUCCUCAAGAGACUGAGGCUAUCUUUGGUUGCCAAGAAAGUCCAGAGAAAGGCAAGCAUAGUGGGAAAAAGUAAUUUGGAGUGGAGAGGGAGAAGUAGAAAAGAACAUGAGAAGAUUAGAAGAACAUACAUGGCCACAUGGAGGAUAUUUUGGAUUUUCCUAAGUGAUAGGAGCCUUGUAAAUAUAGUGCUUUCAAGGGGCAUUUGCAAUGGCAAUUCUGUAAAAAUAAAAAAAAUAAUAAUAAUAAUUAAAAAAACCCACUUUCUCAGUUGUCA